GAUGCAGUGACCUAUGAGGAUGUACAUGUGAACUUCUCUUGGGAAGAGUGGGCUUUGCUGGAUUCUUCUCAGAAGAGUCUCUACAAGGAUGUGAUGCUGGAAACCUACUGGAACCUUUCUUGUAUAGGCUACAAUUUGGAAGACCACAAUAUUGAAGAUCAUUGUGAAAGUUCUAGAAGACAUGGACGGUAUAUCAAGAAUCCUUCUAGGUAUAAGCCACAUGAUCCUAAGGGAUUUGGAAAGAAGCAGUGUACCUCUAUCUUUCCAGGAGCAUUUAGAAGAUAUUUAGUCAACCCAACUAUGAGAAGAUGGGGUGAAUGUGAUACAAGUUUACAAGUAAUUGGUUUUACAGCUUCAGUGGGAAUACAUCAAAAUGCUGUCAUUGGAGAAAAGCCCUAUGAAUAUGAGGAAUGUGGAAAAUUUUCUAUCUGUCCUGGUUCACUUUGCACAUAUAUUAUGAAUCACAGUACAGAAAAAUAUGAUGAAUGCAAUCAGUAUGGGAAAGCUCUGAAUUCUUCCAAUUCUCUUCAGAGAUACGAAAAAUAUCAUAUGGGAAAAGGAACUGUUAAAUGUAAGCCUAAUUGUAAAAUAUUUACCCAUCACAGGCAUCUUCAAAUAUACAAGAAAACCUGUAAUGAGAAGUAUCUCUAUGAAUGUAAAGAAUGUGAUAAAGCCUCUUUAGAAUUAGAACAAAGAAUUCAUUUGGAAAUAAAAUCAAAUGAAUAUAAUCAAGAAGAUAAAGUCUUUGCAUGUCACAGUCAGCAAGUAGGUAGUACUAAUACUAGGGAGAAAAAGUAUAAAUGUCAUCAGUGUGGUAAAUCUUUUGCAUAUCCCAGUCAUCUUCAAACACAUGAAAGAACUCACACUGGAGAGAAACUCUAUGAAUGUAAUCAGUGUGGUAAAGCCUUCACAUGUUUCUGUACUCUUCAAAUACAUAAAAAAAUUCAUACUGGAAGGAAGCUGUAUAAAUGUAAUCAAUGUGGUAAAGCCUGUGCAAGUAACAGUGCUCUUCAAAUACAUGAAAGUAUUCAUACUGGAGGGACACCCUAUGAAUGUACUCAAUGUGGUAAAUUUUUUACUCGUAAUAGUACUCUCCAAAUACAUGAAAGAAUUCAUACUGAAGAGAAACCAUAUAAAUGUAACCAAUGUGGUAAGGCCUUUGCAGAUAACAGUGAUCUUCACAGGCAUGAACGACAUCAUACUGGAGAGAAACCCUAUGAAUGUUGUCAAUGCAGUAAAGCCUUUGCAUGUAAGAGGUAUCUUAAAAUACAUGAAGGAACUCAUACUGGAGAGAAACCAUAUGAAUGUACUGAAUGUAGUAAAGCCUUUGCAAGUAGCAGUCAGCUUAAGAAGCACGAAAGAAUUCAUACUGGAGAGAAACCCUAUCAAUGUAAUCAAUGUAAAAAAGCCUUUGCAAGUAAGACUCAUCUUAAGAUGCAUGAAAAA